GAUUACUGCCUUUGCCCCUCGAUGCCUCUGCCCUGUUGACCACAUAUUGGAUUUGCUCGUUCGCCAAUAACCAGUGGGACAUCGAGAUCGAGCUUGGUGAAACCAUCGAGGACAGCCCCUUCGCCAAGGUGUUGUGCGGGAACAUCCGUGGCGUGGUCAUGAUCCUGGACUCCGACGUCCUGCCCCUGACCCGCUCUUGGUGCCUUUUGGAGUAUUACAUGACCACUCGGGUCAACCAUCUACAGGUGUGCUUUGCCGUGGAUCGCGGUGUGCUGUCUGAUAUGACUUGCACCUCCUUCACCACAGCACUGAGAGCGGCUGAGAGGCUGAGAGCACUCUGUUUCAGAAGUUCUGAUGCCGCGAAGAACGAAGACAAGGAGCGUAUCCUCCGUUAUGUGGCAUCAACAAUUGGCCUGGAAGUUGCCGAGCAGGACAUCACAGAAACACUUAGCCAAGCGCUACACAGUUCCAUCAAGCAAUUGGAGCUUGUCACAGCUGAAAGGUCAAGUAGAUUGUGUGACGAGGCAAGCCAGCAAAGGGAACUGGUAAUGCAAGAAACUUUCUGA